AUGUCAGAAGCUGUAAGAUAUCAGAUGCCUUAUAGUUUAAGACGCUUAUUUGCUACGUUGUUGGUCUAUUGUAAUCCUGCUAAUCCGAAAGAACUUUGGGACAAAUUUGAAGAUUCUAUGUCUGAAGACUUUAAGAUUAUGCCAAAUUUGAACAAGAAACAGAUUUGUCAUAUGACUUUAAACCAUAUUAAUGACAUUUUGCAUUCAAUGGGUCAUGACAUAAAUGAAUUUACACUUGUAUCUGAAAGAAUUUCAGCUUCAUCAGCUGCUAAAGAGGCUCAAGAUUCUCAUGUUGAAAGAAAUAUAGUUGUUAGAGAAGAAGAUUUGUUAUUGGAAGCAAAAUUGAACAAUGAACAACGAGAAGCAUAUAAUAUAAUUCUUGAUAGAAUAUUUAAAAAUAAACCUGGAGCUUUUUUUAUAGAUGGUCCUGGAGGAACAGGAAAAUUUUUUUUGUAUCGUGCAUUACUUGCUGCUAUACGAUCAAAAGGAUUUGUAGCUUUAGCAACAGCAACCUCUGGUGUUGCAGCUUCAAUUCUUCCCGGAGGACGAAUUGCUCACUCCCGUUUUAAAAUUCCUAUUGAUAUUGAUGGACAAUUCUCAUGUAAUAUUAGUAAACAAAGUUCGCUUGCAUUAUUGACACAAGAUGCCAAAUUAAUCGUAAGGGAUGAAGUAUCAAUGGCCAAAAAAGAAUUGAGAGAGGCUUUUGAUUUACUAUUGAAAGAUCUAAUGGAUACGAAGAUACUAUUUGGUGGGAAAGUUGUUGUUUUUGGUGGUGAUUUCAGGCAAACUCUUUCGGUUGUUUGUGGUGGAAAAAAAGAGGACUUCAUACAAGAAAGCUUGCUAUGUUCUGACAUUUGGAAUCAACUCGAAAAAUUGUGA